AUGCCAAUGGCAUCAAUCGACGAAAUCAACUCCGAAUACAGUGUUAUACUGGUUAUGGACUUGGAGUGGUUUGACGACGGCCUGGUGUUUGACUGUCCGGACGAUUUGGUGGUGUUAAGUAUGGAACCGAGUCUUUACAGUCGCAUUUGGACCCCCAAACUGGGCGUACCCGACGUGAAAGAGCCCGGUUCGGUCGAGUUGAGCGGCCAGACUGUGGUCGCAUUCAAAGUCCGCACCGAUGGCUACAUCUUUAUCAGAUCCCGAAUCCAAUUGAAACUGUUUUGUCAGUUAAACUUCAAGAACUAUCCGUUUGAUGAGCAGAAGUGUUCGGUCAAACUCGAGAGUCGCAGCCUUUCGGACGAUAAUGUGAUCCUUAAAUGGCGUGAAGACAAACCCUUCCGCAACGCCGAGCGCUUUAAUAUAAUCGGUUUCCGGUUGUCUGGCUAUGAACUGUCCAACGAUACGGUUCAGGUGAUCGACUUGUUUGAGGACGACUCAGUCAAUCGAGUGAUUGUCACCGUUUCGUUUACCCGCGAGUGGUAUCACUUCUGGCUCGACGUCUACCUGCCGUCGGCUCUGUUUGUGGCCAUGUCUUGGCUGUCGUUUUGGUUGGAGAUAUCGGCCGCACCCGCGAGGAUAACAUUGGUUAGUUAUCUCUAUCGGUCGGAGAAGACCCGUCAACAGCGGGUAAAGACACUACAACGAGACCUGUCAGCCCUAUCCCUGGCCUCACUCGCCUCCUCCACAGACCCACUCAUUACUGUUUCUAAAUAUCUGGAUAUUUCGGAUAUGUGUUCAAAAAGCAAACUAAUGGCUCCGGAUUUAGUGGACAAUCUGCGGCGUCUGAGUAGCGCCACUGUCAGCACCACUGCCCAUAACUUGAAGAAGUCAUUGUCCAAAACAGAUUUAUCGCAAUCAUUUAUGGGAAGAUAUCUGAAAAUCAGGUGUCCGUACGAAUUGGCCGAUAAUAUUGAUAGGAAAAGCCUGAAUGCCUUCAAACAGCAACGACUGCCCGCAUGGAAGCCGAUCCUCACCUGCGGAACAGUAUUGCCGUCCUUUUUCUUGUUGGGCAUUGUCUUCAUCACAAUAGGUGUCGGCCUAUUAUUUCUCUCCUCACGAGUACAGCAGUUUGAAUUGGAUUACACCAACUGUUGGCCAUUAUAUGGCAUGAGUUCGUGCGCCCAGACAUUGGAGGACACGCCAGAGGUCGAGGGCUGUAAGUGUUGGUAUAAGUUUGAGCUGAACGAAGACUUUUACUCCUCGGUCUACAUAUACUAUGCGCUCAAUAAUUACUACCAAAACCAUCGGAUGUACGAGAACUCGAUGGACAGCUCCCAACUGGACGGUCAGCUCACGGCGUCCAGCGUUUGCGCGCCCUAUCAGUACAAAGAGGUGUUGGGCCGUCAGGUGCCGAUCGUGCCCUGCGGUAUGAUUGGCAACAGUUUCUUCAACGACUCGUUCAGAAUAUGGAGACACGAUCUCAUCACUGGAUUGGCUGAAGAAGUGCCCCUAUUGUUCACCGGAAUUAGUUGGCCAUCCGAUCAAAAUCAGUUUAGCAAUCCGAUUGGUAUUUGGCCACCACUAGAGAUAGUGUACGCAAACUUCACAAAUCCGCCCAAUUGGAGGCACCGACACAUCUGGCAAUUAGAUCCGCACAAUCCCAACAAUAAUGGUCUGAGGAAUGAGGCGCUAAUCGUAUGGUUCAGGACAGCGGCGUUUCCCGAGUUUCGCAAACUUUACGCCAGAGUUAAUCACUUAAUCGGAAGUGUUUUUGAAAAAUCUUUGCCAAACGGACACUAUUUUCUUGAAAUCUCUUACAUAUUCGUUGUGGAGUACCUAACCACCGGCGUUAAGUAA